AGGGGGGGAGGGGGGACCAGCAAGGAAAGAAUUAGGAGGGAGAAGGGACGGCGGCAAGGAUAAGAGGGAAUGAGGGGUUUCCUUUUACGUCUCCUUCUCCGCUUUCUUCAUCGCUUAACUCUGUCAGAAUCAGAAAAGCAUAAGAAAUUCUUCACCUGGAGUGGCAUAGUUUGUGGCACUAGCACAUUUAUCUUGCACCUUUUGGACAGAUUUGAUUUGGGUUCGUUCCAUUUUUUUUCUCUCCCGGGUGGUUUCAUCGCUCCUUGUCGGUGAAGAUGCUGGUUGCUAACAGUUUUGAUCUCUGGCAGAAAGAUGCGUUCUUCACUGCGGCCGAGGAGGUUCAGGAAUCCACAGACAUAAUGGAAUCGGUAUACAGGGCGUGGUUGAGGGAGGGAAGAGAUGGUAUUGGACCAGAGGACUCAGAGGAGCUACGUAGGGAGCUGCAAAUCACUUUAGGCACAGCAAAAUGGCAGGGUUGCGUUUCUACAGAAAAGGCAUUAAUAGAAUCCCUGGAAGAGGAAGGGAAGCAACCCCUGCGAUGGGUAAACUUGGAUGAAGAAGAACGUGAUGAUUUUACUUCAUUUCUUUCAAGAACUCCAGGAACCUCACAAGGUACUAAAGAGGGAAAUGAUGAUCUUAGACCUACCACAGAUAACUCUCUUAAGGGGAUUGAUCGAAGGAGAAAAGUUGCAGAUUUUCAUAUUGAUCUUGCCUGCAGAAUAGAUAAUCCAGAUUGUGUAACAGAUUUUAAAGAGGUUGCGGCACUGAAGCAAGAUUCUAAUUAUGUUGUAAAACUAGAAGCAAGAGAAUCUCCUGGAACCAAGGAUGAUUUAAGCUGUGAAGUGGAGAAAUCAAAUGGUCAUAGAACAACAUGGAGUACGCCAAACAUUGGUUCUUGGAAGAUUGUAAUAGCAGAUGAGGAUGAACAGAGAAAAACAUUAGUGGAAAGUGAUGAAUCCAGAACUAAAGGAAAAGGAUUUAAGAAUAGCUUUAGGAGACAAAAAGGUGGAGACCAUGUCCAAUCUAAAGGAAGGAUUUCAAGUUGGCUCGACUUUUAUCAGAGAUUUGGACGGGUACGGGUAUGUGGAUCUCAGAGACAAAUACAAGGUCCACAGUACAUGCAGUUUAGAUCUCUCCAGCGUUUGCUUCUUGUUGUACUAAGUAUUUUCUUAAUUGGUAUGCUCAUGAUCUCUAUUGCUUAAACAAGAAAUACAUCAAUCUUCAGGAGUGUAUUUGUAAAGGAGAAUUUAGUUCAUCAAAACCUUCAUUGAACUGGAAUUUUUUUCUUUGUUUUUCUCUUUUUCA